UGGUUGUGACACACGUCAGUCAUCAGAAGGUCGCAACCCUAUUGACUGCCCUAUUGUUGGCGUAGGAAAGGAGGCGGGACGAUGCCGUGUGUCUGAUUUCUCCGCCGUUCGGUGCUGGAGAGCCCCGGGGAGGGAGGAGCUGCGUGACAGCGCCGGGGCCUGGGCCCUGAGAUGAGCACUCUGGCCCCCCUUCAUCUCACAGACAUGGCCAGCCCGGCGCUUAGUCCCGAUGAUUCGUCCCUGUCGGCGGCGGUCAGCAUCUCGCCCUCGGACUCUGAGAACCUCAGUCCGGAUGAACUGGAGCUGCUCAGCAAACUGGAGGAGCAAAACAGGCUCCUGGAAGCAGACUCCAAAUCCCUACGCAGUGUUUCUGGAUCCUGCAGGACCAGUGUCACCUCCCCGGGGCCACCACCUCUGGACCAGGACAGCUGGGAGCUAUGGGGACGCAUUGUCACUCACUGGGAGGAGUGGACUAGGAGGAAGGAGAAGCUUUUGAAGGAACUUAUACGCAAAGGGAUCCCACAUCACUUUCGAGCCAUAGUAUGGCAGAUGCUGUGCAACGCAACAGAUAUGCCAGUGAAAAAGCAAUAUGCUGAUCUUCUGAGGAUGUCCUCUCCAUGUGAGAAGCUGAUUCGGAGGGACAUUGCUCGAACCUACCCUGAGCAUGACUUCUUCCGGGGUCAGGACAGCAUGGGGCAGGAGGGGCUGUUUAAUGUCAUGAAGGCUUACUCACUGAUAGACCGAGAAGUGGGCUACUGUCAGGGCAGCGCUUUCAUUGUGGGCCUCCUCCUCAUGCAGAUGCCAGAGGAAGAAGCCUUCUGUGUGUUUGUCCGGCUGAUGCAGGAGUACCGGUUACGAGAGCUGUUUAAGCCCAGUAUGGCUGAGCUCGGCUUAUGUAUAUACCAGCUGGAGUAUAUGUUACAGGACCAGCUCCCAGAGUUAAAUCUCCACUUCCGCUCUCACUGCUUCCACACAUCGAUGUACGCCUCAUCCUGGUUUUUGACCCUAUUCCUCACCACAUUCCCAUUGUCCAUAGCCACCCGGGUGUUUGAUAUCUUCAUUUAUGAGGGACUGGAGGUCGUAUUCCGAGUAGGGAUGGCUCUGCUGAUGGUAAAUCAGACCGAACUGAUGCAGCUUGACAUGGAAGGGAUGUCUCAGUACUUUCAGAAGGUGAUCCCACAUCAGUUCGACAGCUGCCCGGAUAAGCUCAUCCAUAAGGCGUACCAAGUCAAGUACAACCCAAAAAGGAUGAAACGAUUGGAGAAAGAAUACGCCGCCAUUAAAAGCAAAGAGAUGGAAGAGCAGAUUGAAAUCAAGCGAUUACGAACAGAGAACAGACUUCUCAAGCAACGCAUCGAAACUCUAGAAAAGGAAAGCGCUGCGUUAGCGGACAGGCUCAUCCAGGGUCAGGUGACACGGGCUCAAGAAGCGGAAGAAAAUUACGCCAUUAAAAGGGAGCUGGCUGUAGUGAAACAGCAAUACUAUACCGCCACCGAGAACCUGCAGAGCGCCCAAAAUCUCAUACGACAGCUGCAGGACAAACAGAAUGAUCCACGUGUCAAAGAAGAACUUGUCAGUCACCUUGAAUCCGAGCUAGAACAUUCCCGGCUUAGAGAAGCUGAGACAUUAGGAGCCUUAAAGGAAAUGCAGGAAAAAGUAGUGGAGCUAGAAAAGAGAAACAGUUCUCUCCCCGAUGAGAGCAAUGUUGCCCUGCUCCAGGAAGAGCUGCAGUGUCUGAGGAAGAGGGAAGCGCAUGCUCUGCAGGUCAUGCGUGAAGGACAGAAGCAAGUGACCGAGCUGAGUGACCGCUGGCAGUCCUUGUCUUCCCGGGGUGGAGGUAUUUGGAAAGACUCUCCUCGUAAGAGCGCAACUGGGGACCUGCAGGACGAGGUCAUGUCUUGUCGGUUACGAGAAGUUAUGGCUCAAAGCGAAACACGUGAACUUCGACAGAGGGUUCUUGUACUGGAAAGUCAGGAAGUGAUGCACGAGAAACAGCUGUCCCGUCUGGAGAAAGAGUGCAAGGAGCUGAGAGACAGGCUGCAGAACGAGACCGCACAGUACAAGGCCCUGCAGUCACAGAUGAGCGAGGAUAAGCGGAGACACGCCGUAUCUGAAUGUAAGAAUAAAGAAGAGGUCAUGGCGGUGCGGCUCAGAGAAGCAGAUAGUAUGGCAGCUGUUGCUGAAAUGCGUCAGCGGAUAGCAGAACUGGAAAUACAGAAAGAAGAGGGGAUGAUAAAGGGGAAACUGAAUGAUUCUGAUUCUUCCCAGUACAUUCGGGAACUGAAGGACCAGAUCAAAGAAUUGAGUCAGGAGAUCCUGAUUCUUCGAGGUCACAAACCUUACUCCGACUCCAUCUCCUUUGAUGGACUGGUCCUCUCCUCCCGCUCAGGGCGAGAAGAUGAAGACUCCCUCCCUUCUUCAGAUGAAGAGCUUCUCUCCCGACCCCUUGGAGCCUUGCAGGAUGCCCUGUACCCUCACUCCCCGCACAAGGCUUGCUUCCUGCGGCCUCUCAGAAGUUCCGCCAGCUCUGACAGUGAAGAGGGAGUGGAGACAAAUGGGGCCACAUCCGAUACCCCCCCUGAGCCUGCGGAGGAGGAAUAGCACAGGGGGACGAGGGGGCUGAAGCAGAGAAGCAUUUGACUAUUUCUUGGUACCUUGUCAUAGAACGACUGAACAGCUUCAGCUUCCUCUUUCAGAAUGAACACUCCUAUGGUACGUAAUGGGUGCUUGAACUGCACUUAUUUACCCCAAAGAGGAACCUUGCUGUUAGCCCAAUAGUGGGCGAGUACAAAGCACGUGACGCCGGCUCGUGGCUAAAUGAUGGGAGCGCCGAACAAGACUCUUGUAUAAAUUCACAUUGGGGUAAAAUGAAGCAGUUCUCAUAAACUACUCCUGUAGAGACCCUGUAGGUUAUAACACUAAUCUGAUGGCCGACACUACAGCUACAAGCUUUACCCCUAUCUAACAGAUACACCACUAUGGAGUCAUGGGGAAAUGGGGCAGUUGACGGUCCCAUACUAAAUCCCAUACUUGCACUAAAAUAAGGGGCAAUAAGAGUCCCGUACUUUUUGGAAAAAGUAGUUUGUAGCCCAUUUGCAGUUUUUGUAAAUGUCAUUUCUUGUGGGUUAUAGGGGACUGGAUUGGUAUUCCUGACACCUUUAUACAGUAUUUAGCAGAUUUCUGUACACCUAGUCACGGUAGAGGUCAUAACAUGUCAUGUCUAAAAAGCAUCCCCUAAAAACAGCGGGCAGCCAUUAUGCGGGCAGUACAGGCAUUGAGCUGUACAUGGCAUGGCGCCUGGUGGCUCGCUAGUUGUGGGGUUCUCCCAAGUAAUCCCAAAAACAAGGAGAAGCCCUUCAAUAGACCAAUGGAUGCAAAUGGAAU